AUGGCAGAGCUCCAAGAUACUCGGAAUGGCCUCCGUGGUCUGUAUCAGGAUCUCUGUGCUCUUUCAAACUCUCAACUCCCAAACGUUGAUCGCUUAUGUUUCGAAUUGGAGACCCAUAUUCAAGACUUCCGCAAACUGCUAGACAAGCCCGCAAAGAACAAUGCCAGCCGUCAAGCGGUUCUCUCGGGGAAGAUCACCGUUGCCGACAUUGAAUACUCAGUGAACCAGGAUUUCCAACAAGGCGCACUGCAGCUUGCGGAUGCGCUCGACAUCGAUGAAAUGGAAGCAGCAGUUAUGUUUCUUGCUGCCCAGGAGGAUUCACAAACGCUAGACAGACCCCCACUCAUCGCUGCGAUAAUUAGCUUCCACGAGCGCCGCCUUUUUACUCUUGAAUGUUUACGUCUUAUCUUCCGAGAAUCGCGCGAAAUUGAACAUGAAACGACCCAACCUAUCAUGCACGAAACACUGGCCCACGUCCUGGAAAUCAAAAACAGCUCUCUGCGGAAUGCAUCCCUCUUCGCGCGAAAAGCCUUGAAUUCCAUGGCCGACAUCCAGAAAUGGUUAUCGCUUCUUGCUGAUCAAAUCCAAAAGGCCUCAGUCGUCGGCCAGGAAAAUGAUCGCGAUAUCAUGGAAGCCAUUGAAUUCCAACGGUCGAGUUUGCAACAGCAGCAUGAGUCACUCGGGGCGAUUAUAUUCUAUAUCUUCAAAGGGACAUACACAAGCUGCGAAGACUUCCGCAUACUUGUGAGCCAGUUGAAGAAUAUUGAUCGCUUCGACGGACUCUUAUUUCACUACAUUCCAGUCACAAUUGUGUCAUUUGUACAACAUGGCUCCCCCGAAGGUUCUGGAUCCGAGAAGGAGGCCCGAGAUCUGCACACAUUAAUCACUUCAUCCAAGGAUGCCCCAGGCUGGAAGCUGUCGAACUUCCACGCUGCCCUUGUUGCUCUGUGGCUCUCAGUCUAUAGUGGAUGGUACUUUGAUGGUCUUUCUUCUCCAUCAGUCGACGCGGAAAAAGAAUCCGAAGAGCGUACAAAGAUGUUCAUGUCAUCUCUUGACGAUGGUGCCCUUGAUUUCAUGCUCGCUAUCUGCUCCAGCGUCAAUACCGAGGAAUGGGCGGACCCCGCGCGGAGCGAGUUAGUUACAUUACUGCUUAGGGAAAGUGUUGUAUCGUUGCCUGAUCCCGAGCCAUGCUCGGCCUUUAUGAAGGAGCUUUUGAUGGAAAAUUUCGAGGUAUUCGUGGAAUCAUGUGUUGCAAAUAUGCCUGACGCGGUCCGACGACUGAAGUCGGAAGAGGACUCACAACGACUGGACCAGAUCACUGCCCUCAGGGAUGGCCUCACUUCUAACCUCCACCGUGGCUUGGUAGAGGUGCGGACUCAUCUUGAGUCCCUCCUCAUGAUCAUCUCCUUCGCCUUUGAGCACCGACAAGACGCCGCCCAAGAAUUUUGGGCUGAUCCUGAUGGGAAUCUUUAUGGCUUCCUCCAGUGGGCGUCGAAACGACAGACUGUUCCUCGGGUCAGCGCUUUUUGCGAAAUGCUGUGUUCGAUAUCCGAAGGCGAAGAAAAUGCAGCCGCAGCGCAUCGAUUUCUGUCGGAGGAAGACAAAUUUAUGUCUUCCAAGUUCAAGCGAUCCACUACAAUGAAUUGGUCGCAAAUGUUCGCUGAAUUAAAGCUUUACGCAUCUCGGGUCACUGAGAAACCUUCCGCUGCAACAAGCCCCCAAGGGGUAUCAGGAAUCUUUCUUCCACGGAAACCAGAGCCCGUGGAAAUGAAUGAGCCCGAGAGCCCAGUGAUGCUAACAUGCUAUCUUCGAUUGAUAGGCCAUUUGUGCAAGCAGAGUCAACCUAUCCGUGAGUGGAUGCUGCAAAAUGAAUCCUUCAAUGUAGUUACCACACUGUUAGACUUGUGCAGUGGGCCGAUUCCAUCGCACCUUCGGGCAACCACUUUCUCAACUCUCUCAGCAUUGAUGACCGACAAAGUAUCCACCGUUGGAAAAGAAACAUGGACCCGUCUUGAUGGGUGGUUAUCGGGAGGAACCGGUGCCUCGGGCAUUGGAAAAGUGCCCUUGGUUUCCAACCCUGCCGUGUGGCACCAGCAACAGGCCUUGCAAAAAAUCGGAGAGAAUUAUGACCAGACGAAUGCAUUUGUUGUUCUUAUCAAUGCACUUGCUGCGCCCUCAUCCGACUCAGUUGACGACCCAAUGUCACUACCGUUCCCGGAGACCCUAGGUGGAACUUACCGCAUGUCGGGCAUCGAACCCUACAUUGAUUUCAUCUUGGGACAUGCCUUUUCACGGAAGAUUCAAGAUCUCAACGAAUAUCAAUCCCGCCUGUUGGCAUUUAACUGCCUGGAAUUCAUUGUGGCAAGCUUGCGAUCCUUUAAUGAGGACCUGGUUUUACUUCUGAGCCAGCCCUCCGUAUCCGAUUCUCCGACGCAAACUUCAUCGCUGCUCACUUAUGUUCGUUCCCAUCCGUUUGCCCGCGUGAUGGACUGGCUUUUCAACGAAGAUGUACUCAAAGCUCUGUUUGCAAGCUCCAAACAAGAUGUUUUGGACGUUGCUACCGCAUCGCCUGACUCUGUUCUGGUUCUCACUUUGCACCGUAGUCUGGAGGUUAUGAACCUGCUUGUGGACCUGCAAUCGACUUACUUCAACAUCGUCAAGUCUUUGGUACACUCCCAGCCCGGACCAUCCAGGACCAUCGUGGCAAACUCCUCGCUCGCUUCAUUUGAGGACACUGUGCUGAACAACCUCACACUCAUCCCAUCACUUUGUCUUUAUUGUGGCACGGCGCAUGAACAACUCACCGUCACUUCCAUGGCAUUACUGGAAAAGCUUACUAGCUCCAGAAAGCUCAACAAGAUGACUUCGCCUGAACUUGUCAAAUGGCAAUCCUCGAACAAGAUCGUGGAGGUGCUUGCAUCCGAGGUUGACGUGGACAGCAUAUCCCGACCUCUUGUCUUACAAAUGGAACCUGAUGUUAGAGAACUUGAUUUCGGCCCGAAUUGCGCCGGCUAUGUCAUUCGGGAAAGCCUUCUUGGUCUUUUGAACAGCUGCCUUGGAACAAUUACAGAUCGCCCAACGGUAGCCCAUCUGCUGCUAGGUUUCGACUGCGUGGGCAAUAUUCUCGAUGUGUCAUCGGAAGGGCUCUUUGCGAAUCAAAGUUCCCUACUACAUGCCAUCGUGAACUUCCUGAAGUCUUACCCGGAGAUCCUUGAUGCAGGCAUCACAUCUUGGCUAGUACACCUCAAACGUAUGGCUUUUGAAGUAUUGAAGCAUUUGUGGUCAUCGAAGUUGGCAAGCUACUACACCCUUGGCGAAAUGCGUGCUCAAGCAUUCCUACGCGACAUGUUUGCCUACCAACCCAUCAUUAGCCCGAGCACUGCCUGGGAUGGAUUCCCUGUUAAUUCAGAGGAAUUCUGGGUCACCGAUUCUGCAACUGCGUUAGCAGAAUUCCUGCUUUACCGAAGUCACCUAUUCACAUAUGCCGCAACCGAGGUUCGCUCUACAGCAAAGGCCAGAUCACCAGCUCUGCAUGCCCAGACUUUGUCGGUGUUGCUCGGAAACACGGUUGCGGACAACGGUGAACCAACUUCCAGUCCGUCUGUGUUUGAUCUUUUCGAUUUUGCAGAUCUUGAUGUUGGACGCGAGUUCAACAUGCCCCGGCUCUACUUGCUCGAUGAUAUUGUUGUUCAGUUGGGGAACAAACAGGAGGAGGGCGUGUACAGCAUGGAAGGGGUAGAGGAGAUGAUACAAAUGCGGAAAGCAGAGCUUAUGGCCAAUGGACCGCUCCGCCCGCAGGAUGAGGAGCAACUACUAGCUGAAGCGAAUGACCUCAAGCUGUUCAUUUCUGCAACAAAGCGAAACAAGUUGAUUCAAGUCAAUCGCUAUCACGCACUCCGUUCCUGGGUAGAGCUCAUCGCGACGAUGAUCACUUGCUCUGCUAUCGAUGAAGGAAGCAGACCGGCUUUCAUUCUACACUCGAUCCAAUUGGUUCUCCCUAAGCUCACAACGGCAAUCGAGGCGGAUGUUCCCGAAGCGCUUGAGUUGGCACGAUUAGCUGAAUUGUUAAUCGGCAAUCUUGCGUUUGAGGCAUCAGCGACACACGUAUCUCGAAGCGGGGAUGUCAUUGACGAAAAGCUCCACCAGCUCUUUCAACUCUGCAUCCGAGGCACCAACCUGGCAACUGGAAAUGUAUUGUUGCGAGAAACGCUCUACACCAUUUGUUCCCACUACAUCACGCGUAUCACAUCGUCAAAUAAGAGCCAUGAAAACUUACGACGUCUCAGCCAACAUGUCAUCAAAGCGGCUGGUUCUAGCCUGAUUGAGACCAUGUGUGAUGACGCCUAUACUGGCCAAGAAUCGUGUCGUGCAUCCGCUCUUCUUUUACUGAACAGUUUAGCUGUUCUAGAUCGCCAAACUGAUUGUGUUCUGGCUGGCUUAAUCUCGAGGUCAAACUAUUUGAGUUUAUUCCUGGAUGCCUUGCGGUCUCUUCCCCUCGAACUUCAGAAUGCUCAGGGAAGCGACACCCCAGCACUACUUGCAUACUACGAGUCGCUUUUGUCGUUACUCCAGCGGCUGUCUCAAACCAAGGACGGGGCAAACUGUGUGCUUAAUUCUGGUCUCUUCCAAGCUGUCCACGAAUCACGACUUUUUGCUGCUGAUCCUGACAUCGGUAUCGAUAUCGAAAACCCCGAUGCCCUUCAGAGAUAUUACGAUCUUCUCCUUUCAGUCCUCCAGGUCAUAGUGUACGCGGUAUUCUCCCGAGGCAUCCAAAACGAACAACUCAAGGAGCAGACCCGGAUCUUUUUGGCUGAAAACCGGCCAUGCAUGGUUGGUAUUUUCAAACGAUCUGCCAAGAUCGGGAAUACAUCAACCGCCCACCACGAGACUUUAUGUGAACUAGUCAAGGCAUAUAUGGCCCUUGUUACUGCCACAGAUUUUAUGGAGUUUGAGGAGCAGGAAGUCCAACAUAUCGCUCGACCCGCGUUGUUCUCAUGA